AUGGAUAGCGGCAGGGUGCUUAUGAAUCUCUCUGCCAAUGCUCCAAGUGUAAAUCGGGCUUGCCGACGGGGUGGCAGCGUCCUUGGGGAGAGAUCAUCAAUCUGGGGCAGUGAAGUGCAUAGCGGCGGCUCAGAAAGUAGAGGACUCAGGGGAGAUAGCUUUCCCAUGAGCUCUCCAGGCUACCCGAUUUCAGCUGCCGGUGGGAGGCGGCGCAAAGUUCGCGCCAUCUCCAGUGUUCUCUCUCCAGACAUCAGCAAGGAUACCCUGGCGAGUUCCGCUCCAAGGCAUUUUCAGUUCAAAGGCUCUUCGUAUUCUCUCCUUACUGACUGGCCGAUCCAGCGUGCUUUGCAGACCUUCCAGUCGCCAUUUUUCGACAAGGAUCGGGCGAACGCGAAGAAUGUGGCCGCGAUCAUCCUCGGAGGAGGCGCAGGGACUAAACUGUUUCCGCUCACCAGCAGAAGAGCUGAGCCCGCUGUAAGUAGAAAGGGUGGACUGCUUUCGUUCUUUGAUCUUGGUUCAAGUUGAACGUCUAAACCAGACAUGGCUCCUAGGGUUGUCUGAGAACUGAUUGAUGAUUAGUCGGGAUAAGCUUACUUCCUCUGAAGAUUUCUAUUCAACCCCUGGAGUUCGGUUCUUCUUCGGCUUACGGAUGAGGCCUCUGGACGGGAAGCUUGAACUGGCCAGCAUAUCAGUAGCUAUUUUAUCUGCGUCUUGCGCGUUCCUGGGCUAGCCAAUGGCCAAGCGAUGAUUGCUAUAAAUUACUACCCCGUUCAUUUCAUGUUAAUAUUAUUAUCUUUAUUAUGAUCAUGAGCAGCUGCCCUGUUCCUCUAAGUUCUCCGUUUCUAGAUUAGCAGUGGAAAAUAAAUAAAUCGAUACCUGCUCAUGAUCAUCAAGACUGUGUUCUUGGAUUAAUGGUCUUUUUAGGAUUGUUUCAUUCUCUUCUCUGAGUGCAGGUUCCCAUCGGCGGAUGCUAUCGGCUUAUAGACAUUCCCAUGAGCAACUGCAUUAACAGCGGGAUAAACAAGAUCUAUGUAAUGACUCAGUUCAAUUCCUGGUCCCUCAAUCGCCAUCUUGCUCGUACAUACAACUUCGGGAAUGGUGUCAAUUUUGGGGAUGGAUUCGUUGAGGUAUAUCAAGCGGACAAAAUUCUGUUCUGAUCUCGUUAUAAAAUUUCAUACACAUCUCCUGUGGAGAAUUAUAAUGUCUUCCCUUGGUUUGCAGGUUCUGGCGGCCACUCAAACACCUGGAAAAGCUGGGAUGAACUGGUUUCAGGGAACGGCGGAUGCUGUGAGGCAGUUCAUCUGGGUCUUUGAGGUUGGUGGUCAUCUUCAUGCUGAUGACAUGGAUGGUUAGAUGAAACGCAGCGGCUUACUUUCUGAUAUACUGUUCACUCUGUGUUUCAUGCAGGAUGCCCGAAAUAAGAACAUCGAGCAUGUGCUGAUCCUAUGUGGAGAUCAGCUAUACAGAAUGAACUACAUGGACUUUGUCCAGGCAUGUUGGGCUUCUACUCAAUUGGGUUAAUUAGCCGUGUUCAUAGAUUCUGUUGAGGUCUAUAGCCUGAUGAACUAAUGAAUGGUGGUAUGCUUGCAGAAGCACAUAGACACGCGGGCUGAUAUUACGGUUUCAAGUGUACCCAUGGCCAGCAGGUAUCCACAAGCACUAUAUUCAUUUCUAGCAAAAGGGUCGUGAAUUCAUUCUGAGUUUUUUUCUGAUCUUUGAUGUUCACAUGAAGAGAAAUCUUUUCUAUUGUUCAUCUGCUUGAAAUAGGAAGUGUCACUCACGCCAAUUAAUUCUCCGUCCUUGUUUAUAAGGCCCCAGUUAUAAGCUAUCCGAGAAUACCUAGAUUAUAACUCGUGUUUUCACUUGUCUCCCUCUUUCUCUCUCCUCUAUCUGUACAGCCGUGCAUCUGAUUUCGGAUUGAUGAAGAUCGAUAAAUUUGGUCGAGUCAUCCGGUUCUCUGAGAAACCAAAGGGCGCUGAACUGGAGGCCAUGGUCUGUGGCUUUGCCCCUUGGUUCUUCUCAUCGUCUCUGCUCCGUGUUUCUGAUAAGCUGAUGAGUUUCAUUGUUGAUGAACUCCAGAAAGUCGACACCACCAUCUUUGGGCUCCCUCCUCACGAAGCUGAGGACGCCUCCUACAUUGCAUCAAUGGGUGUCUAUGCCUUCCGAUUGGACAUUCUUCUGAAGCUCUUGAGGCAAGUCAUGAAUUUUGUUUUUUUUUUCUGGCUCCUGCUUUGGAAGAUCUUCCUAAGCUCAGUUCCAAUGCAGAUGGAGGUACCCGACAUCAAACGAUUUCGGCUCAGAAAUCAUUCCUUCCGCUGUUAACGAGUACAAUGUUCAGGUAAGAGGGGAUCAGUGCUUGGACGAGAUGAUGGCAUGACAGUAAGGAGAUUCUCGGCUUUUGGGUGGUUGAGAAUCGAAAUUACCGUGUUCUCCUUGGCAGGCUUACAUGUUCCAUGAUUACUGGGAGGAUAUUGGAACGAUCAGGUCCUUCUUUGAUGCGAAUUUAGCUCUUGCAGAGCAGGUUGGUCCUCCCGCCCUCAACCAAGCUUGAUCUUCUCUCUGUCUAGCUUUCUGAUUUAUUUUACUUCUGCAGUCCGCGAGAUUCCAAUUUUACGACCCUCGGACCCCCUUCUACACAUCGCCUCGGUACCUCCCACCCACCAAGAUGGACAAAUGCAAGGUUCGGUGUCUGCCCUCUCUAUCUAUCUAUCUAUCUAUCUCCGUCUCUGUCUAACCCGCCAUAAUGAACCCAAAUCAUGCAGAUUGUGGACUCCAUCGUCUCCCACGGGUGCUUCCUGGAGCACUGCAGCAUCCAGCAUUCCAUCGUGGGCGACCGCUCUCGCCUGGAGUACGGUGUCCAGCUUAAGGUGCUCCAACCAUCCACUACGAUCGGGCCAAUCUAGAGAGAGAGAGAGAGAGAGAGAGAUCUUCUCAGCUGAUGAUUAACCCUGGGGGUCUGUCUCUUCCCCUGACAUCGCAGGACGCCAUAGUGAUGGGUGCGGACAACUAUCAGACCGAGGCGGAGAGGGCUGCCCUCUUAGCGGAAGGGAAGGUCCCCAUUGGAAUUGGGCGGCACACCAGAAUCCAGUAAGGCUUCAAACCCUCGUCCUCAUUAAUCGCUGGCGGCCAUGGAGUUCUAGUGAGGCCUCGCGCCUCCCCCUCCUUGACCUUGUUCUCGUGGGCGUCUUUUCUCCCUCCCUCCUCCAGGAACUGCAUCGUCGACAAGAAUGUCAGGAUUGGGAGGGACGUCGUCAUCGCCAACACAGACGUAAGUGCGGCCCCAGGCAGAGAGAGAGAGAGGAAUCUGCCGGCCUCACUUGCCGCCAUUCCUGACGUCCGCCGUUCCGUUCUCUUGCAGGGUGUGCGAGAGUCCGACCGGCCGAGCGAAGGGUUCUACGUCAGGUCCGGGAUCGUCGUCCUGCUGAAGAACUCGACCAUCAAGGACGGCACCGUUAUAUGA